AUGAAUAUGGAAGAAACUGAAGAUAGCCUAUAUCCAAUUGCAGUUUUAUUAGAUGAAUUGAGAGCUGAUGAUGUCAACUUUCGAUUAAACGCCAUCAGGCGACUUUCGACCAUUGCUUUGGCUUUGGGCGUUCAAAGGACUAGGGAUGAACUAAUACCAUUUCUUGACGAAUCAAUCGAUGAUGAAGAUGAAGUACUACUUGCAUUAGCUGAGGAGCUUGGUAAUUUCUGUGAAUAUGUUGGUGGUAAAGAGCAUGCUCACAUUAUACUAGGACCUUUGGAAAAUCUUGCAGCAGUUGAAGAAACUCUUGUUAGAGAAAAAGCUGUUGAAUCUUUAACAAAGAUAGCUGCGGUCCUUUCUCAACAACAAAUUGAAGAUUACUAUAUACCGCUUAUUAAACGUUUGGGUAGUGGUGAUUGGUUUACUAGUCGCACUAGUGCUUGCGGCUUGUACGCAGCUGGGUACCAAAGUGCAACCCCAAGUUCGCAAGAAGAAUUGCGAUCAAUGUUUAAAGCAUUAGCUCAAGAUGAUACACCAAUGGUUCGAAGGGCUGCUGCUGCUAACCUAGGAAAAUUUGCAAAAAAGAUUCCUAAAGAACAUGUAAUCUUAGAUAUUGUCCCGCUGUUCAGCAAACUUGCUGAAGAUGAGCAGGAUUCUGUGCGUUUGCUAACGGUUGAGGAUCUUGUCGCAAUUGCUGAGGUACUCUCUAAGGAAGAAUGCAAAAAUUAUCUCUUACAAACUUUAAGAAGCAUGGUUUCAGAUAAAAGUUGGAGAGUUAGAUAUAUGAUUGCUGAAAACUUUAUUGCUAAAGCUGUAGGAGAUGAAGUAACGCGUGAAAACUUAGUGAUGGCCUUCGUUAAUUUGCUCAAAGAUAAUGAAGCCGAAGUGAGAACUGCGGCUUCUGGCCAGGUUCCGGGAUUCGCUCAAUAUAUCGAUAAACAGACAAUUUUAUCGCAUAUACUGCCGUGUGUUAAAGAUCUGGUAACUGAUACAUCACAACACGUUCGUGCAAGUUUAGCAACCCAAAUUAGCGGGCUGGCACCUAUUUUGGGCAAAGAAGCAACGACAGAACAUUUACUGCCUUUGUUUUUACAACUUCUCAAAGAUGAAUUCCCCGAUGUAAGGCUUAAUAUUAUAUCCAAAUUAGAGCAGGUUAACGAAGUUAUCGGCAUUGAGCUUCUAUCACAGAAUUUACUUCCGGCAAUAGUUGAAUUGGCUGAAGAUAAACAAUGGCGUGUUCGCCUUGCAAUCAUUGACUAUAUUCCCCUACUUGCUAGUCAGUUGGGUGUGGCCUUCUUUGACGAAAAACUUGGGAGUCUUUGCAUGUCCUGGUUAGGAGAUAAUGUAUAUUCUAUUCGCGAAGCGGCUACUAUAAAUUUGAAAAAAUUGACUGAAGUCUUUGGUGUCGAAUGGGCAAAGACCACAAUCAUACCAAAAAUAUUGGAAAUGGGUACUAAUCAAAAUUAUUUAUAUAGAAUGACGACGAUUUUUGCUAUCACGACCAUGGCUCCAGCCGUCACUCCUGAAGUCAUUAGAGACCAUAUUCUUCCAACAGUGAACAGUCUUGUUUCGGAUCCUAUUCCCAACAUUCGAUUUAAUGUUGCUAAAUCAUACGAAGUUUUAAUACCAGUUCUCAGACAAUGCUCCGAAACGGCUGUGUUGCUGGAAACUCAAGUAAAGCCAGCAUUAGAUAAAUUACGAGAUGACCCGGAUACUGAUGUUAAAUAUUUUGCUGAAAAAGCAUUACUUGCUGGUUAUCCAUAA